AUGAAUCGACUCAAGGCCAAGCAAAAAGUUGCAGCCAUACCGGCCUGGAAGGGGGUCGCAGAGCAGCAGCUGAAGGAGCGAGUUCACGCAGAGGUGACGAACCAGAGUCUGCGGAUAAUGCUGGACGCGCAGCUCAACAUGACCGCCGAGCUUGGAAAGCCGAUGCAAACGCGUACGCGGCUUAAAGGCGAGUGUAUGAUCAAAGAAGAGGAACCCAAGAGCCUCGAAGCUCGGCUAGCCACGACGACAGACGACGACAUCUUCGCGGACCAGUUAACGCACGUAGAACGCGCCCACCUUGACGUGGCCCAAGUGUUUGGCGGACCCGAGUUCGCAGGUCGAACCGCUUCUUUCUACGACUCACAGAUGACGGUGCAGUCGACCUCAGACGCUGGCGUUGCGCUCGUGACUGAUAUUACCAUUCGACCUACAUACUACGCAGAGGGCCAUGUGGCGAGCUUUCGCGGAGGAGGGGCCAAAAACGAUGAGCUACUUCAAUGA